AUGCGCAGGUUAAAACAGGGCCCCCGCUCUGUAAUGGAGUAUGCCCAAGAGUUUCAAUCCCUCUCUUGCAAAAUACGAGAGUGGAGCGAAGCCACCAAGGUCCAACACUUCCGCGAGGGACUGCAUUGGGAAGUGUUGGACGGCUGUUUGACCCUGGGCGACCCGGAGACAAUCGAAGAAUGGAUCCGCCUGGCGGUGCAGACCCCUGUGAACUGCCCCAAUCCAGAAACGGAUCACCGAUACCCACCCCCCACCACCACGACCUCCCUCUGUUGCGUGAAGUGUGAAGCGGCCUCCGCGGCACGGCUUCCUUGCCACUUGGAACAGACCAACCCACUGCGGCAGGUGUGCAACGGGACGUGGUUUGCCGGCCCACCCAUCAUCCACAGAAAGAACACCCACGACCCUGGUCAAAAGAAGGACCCUGGGACGGGCUGCUACGACAACGGGCAGCACUACCCCAUCAGCCAGCAGUGGGAGCGCAGCUACCUGGGCAACACCCUCGUCUGUACCUGCUACGGCGGCAGCCGCGGCUUCAACUGCGAGAGCAAGCCCCAGCCGGAAGAAACCUGCUUUGACAAAUACACCGGGUCGGCUUACCGAGUGGGGGAAACUUACGAACGGCCCAAGGACUCCAUGAUCUGGGACUGCACCUGCAUCGGAGCCGGACGCGGAAGAAUCAGCUGCACGAUCGCAAAUCGCUGUCACGAAGGGGGCCAGUCCUACAAGAUCGGCGACACCUGGCGUAGGCCUCACGAGACCGGCGGCUACAUGCUGGAAUGUGUCUGCCUCGGUAACGGGAAAGGCGAAUGGACCUGCAAGCCGGUUGCGGAACGGUGCUAUGACAAUUCGGCUGGGACCUCCUAUGUUGUCGGAGAGAUCUGGGAGAAGCCCUACCAAGGCUGGAUGAUGGUGGACUGCACGUGUGUAGGAGAAGGCAGCGGACGCAUCACCUGCACUUCCCGAAACAGGUGCAAUGACCAGGACACCAGGACUUCCUACAGAAUUGGAGACACUUGGAGCAAGAAAGAUAACCGAGGAAAUCUCCUGCAGUGUGUUUGCACAGGGAACGGCAGAGGGGAGUGGAAAUGUGAGAGACACGCGUCCCUGCAGGCCACAGGAAUCGGAACUGGAACAUCCACCAUCACCGAUGUACAAACUGCCCUCUACCAGCCCCAGCCCCAGCCCGCGCCGUAUGGGCACUGCGUCACCGACAACGGCAUGGUGUAUUCUGUGGGCAUGCAGUGGCUGAAGACGCAGGGCAACCAGCACAUGCUUUGCACUUGUCUGGGCAAUGGAGUCAGUUGCCAGGAAACAGCUGUGACCCAAACCUACGGUGGAAAUGCUAACGGGGAGCCCUGUGUCUUCCCAUUCACCUAUAAUGGGAGGACUUUCUACUCCUGCACUUCAGAAGGCCGUACCGAUGGGACCCUCUGGUGCAGCACGACCUCGGACUUCGACCAGGAAAAGAGAUACUCUUUCUGCACGGAACAAAACGUCUUGGUCCAGACCCGGGGUGGCAACUCCAACGGUGCCCUGUGCCACUUCCCCUUCAUCUACAACAACCGCAAUUACACGGACUGCACCUCGGAGGGGCGGCGAGAUAGCAUGAAGUGGUGUGGCACCACCCCAAACUAUGACGCCGACCAGAAGUUCGGCUUCUGCCCCAUGGCAGCUCACGAGGAAAUCUGCACCACCAGCGAAGGCGUCAUGUAUCGGGUUGGAGACCAGUGGGACAAGCAGCAUGACAUGGGGCACAUGAUGAGAUGCACGUGCGUGGGGAACGGGCGCGGGGAGUGGACAUGCAUCGCCUACUCCCAGCUCAGAGACCAGUGCAUAGUUGAUGGGAUCACCUAUGACGUUAACCAGACCUUCCAUAAACGCCACGAAGAAGGGCACAUGCUGAACUGUACCUGCUUUGGUCAAGGGCGGGGCAGGUGGAAAUGUGAUCCUAUUGACCAGUGUCAAGAUUCGGAGAGCCAAACCUUUUACCAGAUUGGAGAUUCGUGGGAGAAGCACGUUCAUGGCGUCAGGUAUCAGUGCUACUGUUACGGACGUGGCAUAGGGGAGUGGCACUGCCAGCCUCUGAGCACCUACUCAGGCUCCACUGGUCCUGUUCAGGUGAUCAUUACAGAUGUCCCCAUUCAUCCUGAUUCUCAUCCCGUCCAGUGGAUCGCGCCGGAAUCCUCUCAUAUCUCCAAGUACAUCCUCCGAUGGAAACCGAAAAACUCUGGAGCCAAAUGGAAAGAGGCUACGAUUCCAGGUUACUUGAAUUCCUACACUAUCUCUGGCCUGAAACCUGGUCUUCUCUAUGAGGGGCAGCUUAUUUGUGUGCAGAACUAUGGACAGAGAGAAGUCACCCGGUUCGAAUUCACCACCUCAAGCACCACAGCUGUUUCAACCAGCCGCGUGUCUGGAGAAACCACGGCCCUUCCUUCCGUGGUGACGACUUCAGAGUCAGUCACAGAAAUCACCUCCAACAGCUUCGUGGUCUCCUGGGUUUCUGCUUCAGACACGGUCUCAGGAUUCCGUGUCGAAUAUGAACUGAGUGAAGAGGGGGAUGAACCCCAACAUCUGGACCUUCCAAGUACAGCCACGUCAGUCAAUAUCCCCAACCUGCUGCCGGGCCGCAGAUACAUCGUGAACGUCUAUCAGAUUUCAGAAGAGGGGGAGCAGAAUCUGAUUCUGUCAACUUCUCAAACGACAGCCCCUGAUGCUCCUCCUGAACAUGUUGUGGAAAGUGUGGACGACACGUCCAUCAUCGUGAGCUGGAGCCGGCCGGAUGCGCCCAUCACAGGGUACCGCAUUGUCUACACGCCGUCUGUGGAGGGCAGCAGCACAGAACUGAAUUUGCCCGAGUCUGCCACCUCCGUGACGCUCAGUGACUUGAUGCCUGGCGUUCAAUACAACAUCACCAUCUAUGCCGUGGAAGAGAGCCAGGAGAGUAUUCCUGUGUUCAUUCAGCAAAAGACCACGGGGGAGCCACAGGCAGGUGAGAUUCCUUCCCCCAAAGAUCUGCAGUUCGUGGACGUCACCGAUGUCAAAAUCACCAUCAUGUGGAGCCCCCCUGAGAGCACUGUUUCUGGCUACCGGCUGGAAGUGAUCCCUGUUAACCGCCCAGGUGAACAUGGGCAGAAGUUGCCAGUGACCAGGUAUUCCUUCGCUGAGGUCACGGAGCUCUUACCUGGAACAACCUACCUCUUCAAGAUCUAUGCCCUGGCCCAAGGCAGAGAAAGUCAGCCUCUCACUGGACAGCAGGCGACCAGACUUGACGGCCCCACGAACCUGAGGUUUGUCAAUGAGACCGAUUCCACUGUGCUGCUGACCUGGAGACCCCCUCGGGCCCACAUUACCAGCUAUGUACUUACUGUGGGGCCCACCAGAGGAGGGCAACCCAAAAAGUACACUGUGGGGCCGUCGUUCACCAGGUACCUGCUGAGGAACCUGCAGCCUGGCUCGGAAUACACCGUGUCCCUUGUGGCCGUCAAGGGCAACCAGCAAAGCAACCCCGAGACGGGAGUCUUCACAACCUUGGUGCGCCAGGGCUCAGUUCCUCCCUACAACACAGAAGUGACGGAGACGUCCAUCGUGGUCACCUGGACUCCUGCCCCACGAAUUGGCUUCAAGCUGGGUGUGCGGCCGAGCCAAGGUGGAGAAGCCCCAAGAGAGGUCAUCUCUGAGUCGGGAAGCAUCGUCAUCUCUGGCCUGACUCCUGGCAUGGAAUACAUCUACAGCAUCACUGUCCUAACGGAUGGGCAAGAAGGGGACACGCCAAUCAUCAAGACCGUCGUGACACCUGUGUCGCCCCCGUCCAAUUUGCACCUGGAGUCUAACCCGGACACCGGCAUCCUCACGGUCUCUUGGGAAAGAAGUACAACUCCAGAUAUUACUUCAUACAGGAUAACUACCACCCCCACAAAUGGACAACAAGGUUACACCCUGGAGGAACUGGUCCAUGCAGAGCAGACAUCCUGUAUCUUUGAGAACUUGAGCCCUGGUGUGGAGUACAACGUCAGUGUUUACACCGUCAAAGAUGAUCAGGAGAGCGUGCCCAUCUUUGAAACCAUCACACAAGAGGUGCCCCAGCUCACUGACUUAAGCUUUGUUGACAUAACUGACACCAGUAUCGGCCUGAGGUGGACCCCUCUCAAUGCCUCCUCCAUUAUUGGCUACCGUAUCACAGUAGUGGCGGCGGGAGAAAGUGUCCCCAUUUUUGAAGAUUUUGUGGACUCCUCAGUAGGAUACUACACGGUUACAGGCCUGGAGCCGGGCAUUGACUAUGAGAUCAGCGUGAUCACCCUCAUUAGUGGCGGAGAGAGCGCCCCUACUACGCUGACUCAGCAAACGGCUGUCCCUCCUCCCACUGACCUCCGUUUCACCAACGUGGGACCUGACACAAUAAGAGUGACGUGGACUCCCCCAGCAUCCAUUGAACUGACCAGCUUCCUGGUGCGUUACUCGCCGAUAAAGAAUGAGGAGGAUGUUGCAGAGCUGAGCAUCUCACCUUCGGACAAUGCGGUGGUUUUAACAAAUCUCCUGCCCGGCACUGUGUAUGUAAUCAAGGUCUACAGUAUCUAUGAACAACAUGAGAGUAAACCUCUGAGUGGAGAGCAGAAAACAGGGCUCGAUUCCCCUACUGGGCUGGACUUCUCUGAAAUAACGGCCCACUCGUUCACCGUCCACUGGAUCGCUCCCCGUGCUGCCAUCACUGGCUACAAAAUCCGCCAUUACCUCGAGCAAGGCGGAGGCAGACCCAAAGAAGUCCGCAUUGCACCAUCUCGUAAUUCCAUCACCCUGACUGACCUGAUUCCAGGGUCUGAGUACGUGGUUAGCAUUUCUGCAUUCAUGGGCAAAGAAGAAAGUUUGCCCCUGAUUGGACAGCAAAGUACAGUUUCUGAUGUGCCAAGAGACCUGCAGGUCACUUCCACCAGCCCGACCAGCCUGGUCAUCUCCUGGGAUGCUCCGGCUGUUACCGUUAGAUACUACAGGAUAACAUACGGUGAAACAGGGGGCAGUGGCCCGGUCCAGGAGUUCACGGUACCCGGCCACAUCUCCACGGCAACAAUCCCCGGCCUGAAGCCCGGAGCAGAGUACACCAUCACGGUCUACGCCGUCACUGGCCGUGGAGACAGCCCUGCCAGCAGCAAGCCGGUCACCGUCAGUUACAAGAUGGAGAUCGGCACCCCGUCCCAGCUGCAGGUGGUGGAUGUUCAGGACAGUAGCAUCACCGUCCGGUGGCAGCCGUCUUCUUCCCCCGUCACUGGCUACCGAGUGACCACGGCCCCCAAAGACGGCCACGGCCCCGCCAAAUCUGUAGUGCUCUCUGCAGAUCAAACCGAGGUCACAAUUGAAGGGCUGCAGCCCACCGUGGAGUACGUGAUCAGCGUCUACGCCCAGGGUCAAGAUGGAGAAAGCCAGCCGCUGGUGGAGACGGCUGUGACAAACAUUGAUCGCCCUAGAGGAUUAACAUUCACCGAUGUGGAUGUUGAUUCCAUCAAAAUUGCUUGGGAAAGCCCACAGGGGCAAGUCAGCCGUUACAGGGUGACCUACUCCACCCCGGAGGAUGGAAUCCACGAGCUCUUCCCUGCUCCCGACGGUGAAGACGACACCGCGGAGCUCCGUGGCCUCCGGCCCGGCUCUGAGUACACCGUCCGCAUCGUCGCCUUGCAUGACGAACUGGAGAGCCCGCCUCUGGUCGGAACCCAGACCACAGCAAUCCCACCGCCAACGAAUCUGAAGUUCAUGCAGGUCGCCCCAACCAGCCUGACUGUGACCUGGGUGGCGCCGAAUGUUCGGCUCACUGGAUACCGACUCCGCAUGAAUCCCCAGGAGAAGAACGGGCCCAUGAAAGAAAUCCACCUCGCUCCAGACAGCACGUCUGCUGUCGUCUCUGGACUCAUGAUGGCAACCAAAUAUGAAGUCAGCGUCUACGCUCUGAAAGACUCUCUGGCCAGCAGACCUGCCCAGGGUGUUGUUACGACCCUAGAGAACAUCAGUCCUCCUCGCAGGGCCCGUGUGACGGAUGUCACAGAGAGGACCAUCACCAUUGUGUGGCGCACCAAGACAGAGACCAUCACUGGCUUCCAGAUUGAUGCCAUCCCUGCCAGUGGCCAGAACCCAAUUCAAAGGACCAUUCACCCAGAUGUCAGGACCUACACCAUCACUGGCUUGCAACCAGGCACUGACUACAAGAUUUACAUCUACGCCUUGAACGACAAUGCUCGCAGCUCCCCGGCCGUGGUUGAUGCUUCUACCGCCAUUGAUGCGCCAUCCAACUUGCGCUUCCUGACAACGACAAGCAACUCCCUGCUGUUCACCUGGCAGCCCCCCCGUGCCAAGAUCACCGGCUAUAUCAUCAAGUACGAGACCUCUGGGGGGCAACCCCGGGAGCUGUUCCCUCGCCCCCGUCCCGCCACCACGGAGGCCACCAUCACGGGUCUGGAGCCAGGGACAGAGUACACCAUCUAUAUAAUUGCUGUGAAGAACAGUCAGAAGAGUGAACCCUUGAUCGGCAGGACAAGAACAGACGUGCUUCCACACCUGGUAACACAUCCCCACCCUGGCCAAAGCGGACCAGAGAUCCUGGACGUGCCGUCUGUUGUAGAGCACACGCCUUACCCGUACGACUCGUAUGACAAUGGCAACGGUAUCCAACUUCCAGGCACUUCCGGCCAGCAGCCCAUUCUGAGCAACCAAGGCCAGCAAGUCUUUGUGGAAGUGUACGGGUCUCGGACCCCUGCGAGAACAACGGUGGCCACUCCAGUAAAGCUGAGACCUCGACCAAAUGUGGAUGAAGAGCCUGGCCUGGUGAGCCAGCACCCCAUACGCAUCCCAGACCUGGACGAGCCUUCCUAUCCGCACAGCCUGGGGCCCAGGAACAACCACACCCGGCUACAGGAAGCCCUUUCCCACACAACCAUCUCUUGGAGGCCCUUUCUGGAGAGCUCCGAAUACGUCAUCUCCUGUCACCCUCUGGGAAACGAAGAAGAGCCCGCAGAGUUCAAAGUCCCCGGCACAUCCUCCAGCGCAACCCUAACUGGACUGACUCGAGGCGCCACCUACAACAUCAUAGUGGAGGCCGUCAAAAACCAAAGGCGGCACAAAGUCCUGGAGGAGAAGGUCACUGUGGGCAACGCCAUUAUUGACCGACUGAACCAGCCCUCGGAAGACAGGUGCUAUGACACGUACACGGGCUCUUCCUACUCUGUUGGUGAGGAAUGGGAGCGGCUGUCCGAGUCUGGCUUCAAGCUCUGGUGCCAGUGCCUGGGCCUGGGCAGCGGGCACUUCCGGUGCGACUCCUCCAAGUGGUGUCAUGACAAUGGUGUCAACUACAAGAUUGGGGAGAAAUGGGACCGGCAGGGGGAGAACGGCCAGAUGAUGAGCUGCACCUGCCUGGGGAACGGGAAAGGCGAAUUCAAGUGCGAGCCACACGAGGCAACUUGCUAUGAUGACGGCAAGAUGUACCAGGUGGGGGAGCAGUGGCAGAAGGAGUACCUGGGCGCCAUCUGCUCGUGCACCUGCUAUGGGGGGCAGCAGGGCUGGCGGUGUGACAAUUGUCGUCGGCCGGGGGCUGCAAGUUCCCCCGAAGGUUCUUCCAGUCAAACCUAUUCCCAGUACUCACAGAGACAACAUCAAACCACGACGACUAACGUCCACUGCCCCAUCGAGUGCUUCUACCCGCUGCAUCUACAGUCAGACAUGCAAAUCCGACGCGGAGACUAA